AUGGGAAAUCAGACAUUUAUGUCUCUGAUUGAUGCCGCAUCCCUCUCUCUUCUGAUGCCCAUCGUUGUUCGAGGACUCAGGGAGCGAGAGCCAGCCAGCAAGAAGUGGUCUGCUCAGAUCUUCGGAUCCACAUCGCAGUUGGUACAGAAUGUAGAUUUCAUGAAGCCUUACCUGCCGAUGGUUGCGCCCAUGCUGGAGCAGGCUUUGUUCGACCCCGUGUCCGAGGUCAAGCGCGAAGCGGCCAAGACCUUCGGCGUCAUGGAACAGGUGUUGCCCCAGUACUCGCAGCAGAAGCUGCAGCCAUGGCUCUUCGGAAAACUCCGGGCAGGCGAGCAGGCGGAACAGAAUGGUGCCGCCCUCGCUUUGGCAGAGACCUUGACGAAGAUGGACAAGGAGCUAGCAGCGACUUACAUCGGAGAGCUCCAAGCCGGGGCCAGCGAUGCAAAAUGGCAAGUGAGGCGCGGCUUCCUUGAGCUCAUGGACACCAUGCCUCAGGCCAUGAAAAUGGACUUCGCCCCCUACAUUGAGCAGUUGUUCCCGCCUAUGCUGAUGGGAAUCACAGGCGACAAAGAUCAAAACGAGGAUCCCGGCCACCGCGCUGCCUUAGCAUUGGUGCAGCGUUUCGGAGACUUGUGUCCUGAUCGCUUGUUGGAUGGCUUCGAGGGAACCUACUGCCGCACCCUGCAGCACGACUCACCGGAGGAGGCGAGCCGGAAUGCUGUUGUGAGGGAAAAGAAUGUGGUGCUCCUCGGCAAGGUCGCCGAAAAAAUUCUGGAGCACAAGAAGUUCGGCCAAGACCUGCUCACCACAGAGGAUUGCUCCAACAAGGCGACCCGUGAACGAGUCUUGGUGCUCAUAUUCUUGGCCAGGUACGAUGCCGAUGCCAGCGUGAAGCGCGUGGCCAACGGCCUAUGGAAGACGGCCGGGGGUGCACCAAAGGUGCAGAAGGCUAUCAUGCCUUCUGUGAGCAAGACUCUUCAGAAGUUUCGAGGAGGUUCCAAGGGCCCCGGAGCGCAGAAGCUCGCGCUUGAGGUCCUUGACCAGCUCGUGAAAGCUGGAGAGCUGGAGGCGAUAGAGGACGCUGUCCCCGAGGCGCCAAAGUUCCAGUUUCCGCCGAGCGCAGAGAGGGCGUUCGAGCCUCGGAAGGCAGCAGAAUGCUUGCUGCUGGAGCCCGUAG